AUGAUAAAGAGUGAUAUUUUAAAGAUUUAUGAUGCUGAGAGGGUGAAGAUAUUGAGUUUGGUGGAGAAUAAUAAAAGUAGGGUGGAAAUCACAACUAAUAUAUGGACUGCUAGUAAUCAAAAGAAAGGAUUCAUGGUUGUCACAACACACUUUAUUGAUGAUUCAUGUACAUUGCAAUGUCGCAUUUUAAGGUUCAUUUAUGUUCCAUGUCCACAAACAAAAGAAGUUCUUUGUGAUACUUUGCAUGAUUGUAUGAUGGAUUGGAAUAUUGACAGAAAAAUCUUUACUGUUACUGUUGAUAAUUGCUCCACAAAUGAUGCCAUGAUUACCAUGUUGAUGGAUAAGUUGAGUAAUCCAUCACUUUUGUUGAGUGAUACUUUGUUUCAUAUGCGUUGUUGUACGCAUAUUUUGUAUUUGAUUGUCAAAGAUGGACUGGAUGUCAUACGAGUGGGUAUAGAGAAAAUUCGGGAGAGUGUAGCUUAUUGGACAGCAACACCUAAAAGACAAGAAAAAUUUGAAGAAACAGUCAAUCAAUUGCGUAAUCCACAUACUAAGAAAUUAGGACUUGAUUGUGCAACUAGGUGGAAUUUAACAUACUUGAUGCUUGAAACUACCUUAUUUUAUAAGAAUGUCUUUUCUCGGUUGAAAAAUAGAGAGCCCCAAUAUAAGACCGUACCAAGUGAGGAAGAAUGGGAGUUUGCUAGAGAGAUUAGUGGGAGGUACAAGACGAGUGUAUUCGAGUUUUGUUUUGAAAAACUUUAUGGAGACAAAGCCGAAGAGGAAAUUGAUAGAGUUUGUCAGAUUUGUUAUGAUUUGUUGCACGAGUAUCAGAAUCGAGUUGGUAUGGAGAUCGAUGUUGUUAGUGAAUCUUCUAUCCAUCUAGAAAUUGUUUGA